UCGCACCUGAUUCAACUCAUUAAAUUAUUUAUUCAUAUCAUUACAACAUGUAUAAAGUUUUAGACGAAAAAACCAAAAAUGAAGUAUUUUCUUAUAUCGAAAGAACUGUGGAAGAUGCAAAUUUUUUCGAAUAUAAAAUAGAUUUUCAAGUGGUACCAAUUUUCUACAGGUUUGAACUAGACUGGCUUAUCGUCUUGACACAUAUAAAAGGAGUUGAUUAUAAGAAAAACAAAUUAUAUCUGGAUUUAACUCUUAAAAUAAGUGAAAAAUGUGAAAGUGAAAACGUUUUAAGACAAUUUUUUAAAAGGGAGCAAUAUCUUUUUAAAAAUGUAGUACACGUUUUAGUAAAACUGUGUAGGAAAAACAAAGUGAGAUGUCCGCCGCUUCCUUUACCUAUGUGUUAUAAAAUGUUUUCUACAGAUGACAGAGAUGUGUUAGUUUAUAAUAACUUGUUUUCCAUGGGGUUUAAACCACUUCGAAGUAGAGGAGGUUCAAGACCAAUUCCAGUUAACAUAAUUUUAAAGAAAUUGGCUGAAUUCCAUGCUCUUUCCUUUUGUGUAUUUGAUCAGUGUAGCGAGGAGUUUCAGGAAGUUUUGUCAAAGUGGGUACCAGAUAUUCAAUCUUUACUAGUAUCCUUAAACCUAGAAGAUAAUCUAAAAACAGGUCUAACAGUUGUUGCUGAUAUGUUGGUGGAAGAAAAAAGAUUUGAUCUGAAGGAGAAAAUGGAUAAGGAUUUAAAAGAUGGUUUUUUCGCUAUUGCUAAUAAAGUACUGUCCGAUAUCCCUGAGGAAACUGUAGUAAUUCAUGGAGAUCUAUGGGAUCAUAAUAUUUUAGUUCAAUAUGAGAGAGACAAUCCGGACGUUGCUAAAGAUGUAAAAUUUUUAUGCUGGAAUAUGUCAACUGUUCAUUCUCCCGUACUGGAUUUGGGAUAUUUCUUGUAUUUUAUCUAUUCCGAAGACAUAAAUCAAAACUUUGAAAGUUACGUAGAGUAUUACUAUAUGGAAUUUUGUAAUUUUGUAGCGAGGGUAGGAAGUGACCCAAAGAAGUUUCCGUUUUUGACUCUCUUAGACCAUUUUAAAAGAUAUUCCAUAAUUAAUUUGCUGGUUGCUCUUGGUGGAAUUCCAGUAGUAAUAGUUGAUCAGCAUCUUGGACCAGGCAAAGAGGAUUUCGAACCUUUUACUUACUCUGAUCUUCAAGAUGAUGUUAAGAAUAUUAUUAAAACAAAAAUAAUUGGUAUUCUCGAAUUACAUUAUAAGUAUUUUGGAGACUAGUUUAAUAAAAAUUAUUAUGAAUUCUUUAUUUUAUUUGAAUCGUUGUCGC